GACCAAGGCUUCGGGUACAAUUGGUCAAACGAGAGGCUCUUCUGGAAAGAUUUGCUGAGACGACCCACGAGAACCCUCAAAUGUCAGAGUGAGAAUGGACAGCAAUCUCCGCCAUUCUAUUUCCAGAUGAAUGCUACUUUUGACAAGAAUGAUCCUCUUCUGCCCGUAUAUCCGUACAUGCGGGUUCGUGUCUCUGCCCCCAUUGAGAUCCAAAACUUACUUCCAUAUGACUUCAAGUAUCGCAUAUACGACAAAAACUUGAAGAAAGAUUGGACGAACUUCCUUAGAAAAGGAGGAGUGAGUCCGGUUCACGUCGUGGAGCUUUCUCAUGUACUCCUCCUAAGUAUUGACAUGCAGGAUACAGCAUUCAGGCAAUGCGAGUUUGCAAUAGUCAACGGGAAUGUCCAAGAAGAUUUCAGGAGAGAGUCUACCCUUACUGUUCAAGAUGAUCAAGGCCAAGAAUUGAAAUUAGGCCUUCACUACUUUACCGUUCCCGAUAGUGGUGGUGCCUUUAAGGUCUCUGUGUUCAGUCCCUAUCUUGUGCUGAACAAAACCGGACUCGAUCUCAAUAUACAAAGCAAAGGCGUCUUCCAUGGAGGCAGGUCUGCAGCGGGUCGGGCUAUAAAAACAGACGCAACGAAUGGAGUCCGUUCUGCCAUUCCUUAUAUGUAUUCUUAUCCAACAGAUGACCGUAAGAACCGGUCAGUCUUGAGAGUUGUUGGCUCUUCGUGGAGCAAGCCUCAGAGCUUCGAAGCCAUAGGAAGCAGUUUCGAGGUUACCUUACCAGGUUCCAACGGCCGAACCGAGUAUCACGCAGGCGUGACGGUAGAAGAGGGGACUGGGAAAUACAAGGUCACUAAAAUAGUUACAGUAUCCCCCAGGUUCAUACUCGACAACAGGCUGGAUGAAGAAUUGGCUGCUCGUGAACCAGGCUCUUCCAAUGUUAUCUCACUAAAGCCUCGUGAACUUGUUCCGCUGCAUUUCCUCAGGCAGGCGGCUGAAAAACAACUUUGCUUCUGCUUCCCUGGUGUUAACAAUCAGUGGUCCUCCUUGUUCAACAUUGCUGACCUAGGAAUAACCUAUGUGAAAUUGGCAAAGGCAAACCAGCGCCAGAGAUUACUCAAAGUUGAAGUGCUCAUGGAAGGUGCUACAAUAUUCUUACGCAUUAGUAUGGAGGCAGUACACUGGCCGUAUUCUAUGAAGAAUGAAUCGGAUGCAGAAUUCAUAUUCUUCCAAGCGGUAUGACGUUAACUCCUGGAACCUGUUUUCAAUAUCAAACUAACUUGUAUUAGAAUCCAAAUGUUAGCGAGGAUGAAGAUGAUCGUAGCACUACCUGGCGGCCUAUCCGUUACCGUCUUCCGCCCCGCAGUAUCAUGCCUUACGCAUGGGAUUAUCCUGCCGCUAAAAACAAGUCUCUUGUUCUGCUAUGUCGGGGAAAGGAAAGGUAUAUCAAACUCGCUGAAAUGGGCAACUUGAUACCAAUGAAGCUCCCGCCAACCCAUGAUUUGCCUCAAAAGAUUAUUGAUAUCCGCAUUGAAGCAGAAGGCCCUACGCAAACUCUUGUCUUAUCUAAUUUCCGACCAUCAAGGAGUGUAUAUAGGCAGCAAAAGCCUGCCUCUUCUCAAACCAGCGUGUCCACUGGAUUUGAGGUCAAGGAGAUCAACUCGGACAUUACGUUCAAGGCCCAACUACGAUUAAACGGUAUCGGGAUUUCCUUGGUCAACCAGAACUUGAGGGAGCUCGUGUAUAUCACUUUCCGCGAGAUAGAUCUCAAGCUCAGCGAAUCCAAGAUCUACCAGACGGUCAACACCACUAUAAAGUGGAUACAAGUUGAUAAUCAAUUAUAUGGCGGAAUAUUCCCAAUUCUUCUAUACCCAAGCGUUGUCCCGAAAACUGGUAGGGAGAUGGAGGCGCAUCCAAUUUUCACAGCUACGGUUACCCGGGUUAAAGAUGACUCAUAUGGAGUCUUGUAUGUGAAGUAUGCUUCACUACUUGUUCAGCAGAUGACUCUUGAACUCGAUGAAGAUUUCAUUUUUGCCCUCCUCGACUUUGUGAAGGUUCCAGGCGCCGCUUGGUCCGAGGAACGUGAGGACCCCAUCUGUGAGGCUGAACUUGGCAUUCCAGAACCAAAACACGAAGCACAAGGGCAGGACGUAUAUUUUGAGGUCCUCCACUUGCAUCCUAUGCAGCUUGAUCUGUCCUUCGUUCGUACAGAACGAGUCAAUGUUGAGGAUACGACAGAGUCGUCUAACCCAUUGAUGUUCUUCGUCAACGUCAUGACUAUGUCAAUUGGUAACGUUAAUGAUGCUCCGGUUAGAUUAAACGCACUGCUUCUGGAGAACGCAAGAGUGUCUAUACCGAUGCUUGUUUCGAAUAUCACAAACCACUAUACUCAAGAAUUUCUUCGUCAAGUCCACGUUGUUAUUGGCUCUGCGGAUUUCCUAGGUAAUCCUGUUGGCUUGUUUAACACCGUGAGUUCUGGAGUUGCCGAUAUAUUCUAUGAGCCAUAUCAAGGGUUCGUCAUGUCCGACAGACCUCAGGAGCUAGGCCUCGGAAUUGCCAAGGGUGCCACUUCAUUCGUCAAGAAGUCAGUGUUUGGAAUCACGGACAGUCUUACAAAGUUCACGGGAAGCGUUUCCAAAGGUCUCGCUGCCGCAACACUGGAUAAAGAGUUUCAGGAUCAGCGAAGGAUGUCUAGAGCCCGAAAUAGGCCAAAGCAUGCUCUCUAUGGAGUGACUGCAGGUGGCAGUGCUUUUGCUACCAGCAUGGCAAGUGGAAUUGGUGGUCUUGCGCGUCAUCCACUGGAGGGUGCUGAAAAAGAAGGAUUCCAGGGAUUUGUUAAAGGUGUCGGGAAAGGAUUCUUAGGACUUGCAACAAAGCCAGCACUUGGUGCUUUUGAUCUAGCUUCUAAUCUUGCUGAAGGAGUAAGAAAUACGACUACAGUUUUCGAUGCCGGUGGUCUUGACCGAGUUCGUUUAACUCGCUUCAUUGGCCGAGCUGGAAUUGUCAAGCCGUAUUCUCAGCGAGAAGCACUAGGCCAAUUCUGGCUCAAAACGACAGACGAUGGCAAAUACUUCAACGAGGAAUAUAUUGCUCAUCUGGAGUUCCCUGGCAAAGAUAUGCUUGUGUUAUUGACGUAUGAUCGAAUCAUGCUUGUCCGAUCAAAGCGUCUCACAACAGAAUGGGACAUCAAAUUGACCGAUAUUCAAAAGAUAUCAAAGGAGAGAACGGGAAUGACCAUAACGCUAAAGGGCGGCACCAACGGACCAUUCAUACCGGUACAGGAUGAGAGUGGAAGAAACUGGUUCUACAAACAAAUUGCUAUUGGUAUGUUUACUCAUCAUCAUUUCUCCUGGUAAGUUGAGCAUAUUCAGUAACUAAUUAAUCCCUGGUUGAUAGCUGUCAACGCAUUUAAUGAGAAGUAUAGUGCCAAGGGAUAGCGUUUGCCAGCCGUUUCCAAGGCACGGAAAUGAGAGAUGCAAAAAAUAACAUUCAUGAGGAACUCAAUAUUCUUACAUACAUCCAAUGUCCUUCCAUAUUUCUUAGCUACAUUCAUCUUGUGUAUUGGUAAUUCUAAUUACUGUGAUUGAUCUUUAUGGAGCUUUUUUCUCGGUUAUGGCAAAAGGUUAUUAAUAUAAAUGGCACCUUACGAUUCUGUGUACAGUUAACACAAUGAAAAGUAGACUACCCUAGCUAUAGACGUUUAAUUUUCUGGACUAUAUAUGUUUUGCAGAGCAGGUGCUCAAGUAAUACGGCUUCAGAAGGUCUAAAGACGGGAUGUACGACAAGCCCCCUCCACUGCCAAGACCGCGUCCGCCCUGUUGGGUGCGGCAACGUGCCGCUCCCGUCUUCCCGCUCUCACAAGAAGCUUAGGCACUCCAUAUUUCGACCACUUGCUUUUCCUCUAGCGUUAUUUACCGCCUUCGGAUAUCCUUAGACGCAACUAGGCUGCUGUAGGUUAGCAGGCUUUGGUAGGCAGAGGACUUGUGUUGAUCAUGCGCUAGUUAUUUAUAAUUUUUAACAUGAUUUAUACGACCGCCUUGACCAUUCAGAGGUAUACGCAACCGGGUAUUUAGUUGCUCUUCGGCUAACAGUUAGAUCUCAUUAUAUAGUGCUAAAAGUAGCAUGUUGAAAUGGUAAACUAAUACACUAAUACAGAGUAUGAAGUACGUGGACGUGUUGCUCCUCAUUUCAGUCAACGAUUUAAGGUGCAACCCCCCGAGCUUUAUUGAAGUCCGCAUUCCACCUUGAACCUACUUUGAGGCCUUUGACGGUUAAACUCCUAGAGAUAUGUAAUAAAGACUAUAUCGUUGGCUAUAUGAUUUAGUCGGCAGUCACGAUUGCCGGAAAGGCCUGCUGCUGCUUUACAAGGUUGUUCACCUCCUGGCGGUGUAACUGUUUGAUAUAAGUAGUUACCCACACAGGGCAAGCUCAUGACCUGCAGGGUUACUUAUAUGGGUCACAAUACAAGCGCGGGGAGUUGGAUCGAAUCAAGCAACAAGCUCAGGUAUGGUUUGGGAAAGAAGGAUCGUAUCCUGGCAGUGGGAAUGUACGUCGGACAGGCAAAGGAGGCACUUCUGUCACGUAUUGACUUGCUCAAAUAGGAUGGAUCUCGCGAGUGUGUAAGCUCACCCAACUGGCAGGCCUUCAGAAAUACUUUUGUAUAUCCCAGCUUAAACUUAGCAUGAAGUCGCCCGAUAUCCCGAGCAUUCUCUGGUCCAAUAGCUAUGAGGUGGAGUGGAUGUCGACGAUUACAUAAAUGGAGACCACUGAUACCUUGACGGAGAAUACGGAGCUGGCUCCCCGUGAUACAGGACCAUGUCUGACUCACGGGGAAUGUUGCUCCGUGAUGGGGCUAAAGCCGCGGCAACCAGCGAUCUGCCAACAGCUGGUAAUUCAACAAGCCAAAUAUUCACGCCUGUCAGUCCACGAGGUCAUGCAUCGGAAGUCGUAGUCAUAAGUAGGGCGUCAGAAAGAGACUUGGCUGCUUGUCACCAGCUGCAUAUCAAGGAGGUGAAAUCCAACGUGUCCAAGAAGGUUUUUGAUAUUAAAGGGCGUCCAUUGCCGAUCAGGUGAUCGGCUACAGCAUCCAUGUAACAAUACGGAGUACUUUUCGAAGGAUGUCCACGGCAACGGCUGACCCCGUCACGGCGCCAGAGCCGUUUUAACCUCUGCAGGCCUCCUUGUCCAGCUGAUAUAUGAGGUUUUAAAAGGCCAAUUACUAGGCCAGACGAAGGCCAGGGACCAAAAACUCUGCCAUGAUACAAAACAAGAUCGCAGUUUCAAGCAGAAAGAAAAAAACAACGGAAAAACAACAAAAACAAAAAAAAUCGGAUGCACUGCCACCUGGAAGGAUUAAUGGACCAAUAAAAAUCUGCAGCAAGCCGCAAGUCCCG